GGACCGCCGGGCUGCGGGUGGGCCCGCGGGGAGGGGCGGUGCUGGGGGAAGCCCCGCGGGCCGAGCUCAGCGGGGAGCCGGGGACAGACACGGGUGGUGAGACGCGACGCGGCCGCCAGGCCCGGAAGGAGCCGCGCGGGGGCGGAGCGGGGUGCAGCCGCGGGAUUGCGUGUCGGUACCGGUGGAGCUGAGCGCCCGCACCUCAGGCUCGGCGGCAGUGGACUAUAAGAUUCAGAUAUGUCCUUCAUAUUUGAUUGGAUUUACAGUGGUUUCAGUAGCGUAUUACAGUUUUUAGGACUGUACAAGAAAUCUGGAAAACUAGUAUUUCUUGGACUGGACAAUGCUGGAAAAACUACGCUGCUGCACAUGCUCAAAGAUGACAGACUGGGACAGCACGUCCCCACGUUACACCCCACUUCAGAAGAGCUGACAAUUGCUGGCAUGACUUUCACUACGUUUGAUCUGGGUGGCCACGCUCAAGCUCGCAGAGUGUGGAAAAACUACCUGCCUGCAAUCAAUGGCAUUGUGUUCCUGGUGGACUGCGCAGAUCAAGAAAGAUUGCUUGAAUCAAAAGAAGAACUUGAUUCACUAAUGACAGAUGAAACUAUUGCUAAUGUGCCUAUCCUAAUUCUUGGUAACAAGAUUGACAGACCUGAAGCCAUUAGUGAAGAGAGGUUACGAGAGAUGUUUGGUCUGUAUGGCCAGACAACAGGAAAGGGCAGUAUACCACUGAAAGAGCUGAACGCAAGGCCGCUAGAAGUGUUCAUGUGCAGCGUGCUGAAGAGACAAGGCUACGGCGAAGGCUUCCGUUGGAUGGCACAGUACAUCAAUUAAUGCCAAAAUCCCAUCAGUACAUUCUGUCCCCUGUCUCAAUAUGAAGUCUGCUCCUUGUUUGAUCACUCAGUGUACGUAACUUGAAUUCAUCUGACUGUUUAGUUAUAAAAAUAUACAUUUUUAGCUAAUUAUAUCACUUAUGCUAAAUUGUAAGUGUGAGGAUUGAAAAAUUAUUUCAAGCAAGUGUGUAAGUUUACCACAACCUGUGAGCUUUCUAAUCCCAUGCAACAUUCUUUUGCAGCUUUUAAUUUAACAAGUCUCUGGCACCAUUUUUAGUCAGAGCAACUUUCCAGUACAGUCUGUUUGAAUGCACUUUUUAACAGCUAAGAACUACGAACAUGUGAAAAAUAUUUAAUGCUUAUGUUAAAUUUUUUAUGUACUUUUUUGAAACUGGUUUUAUAACUUUAGAGUAUAUAACCAUCUUUCAAGGAAUAAUAAAUAAUUAGCUGAUGAAUAAUUGCAUGAUGCCUUACAGUUUUCAAUAAUAUACUUUCUUAUGCAACGUCAUGCAAUAAAUUUAAAUCCGGUUUUUGGCAACUUUAAUGGAAAAUGUUUCAUUUUAAUGUGUCUUAACUAGCAAGGCUGCCUGAUCAUCUGAAUACGUGGGGUAUUUUCCUGAAACGCAGAAGGCCACAAAGUAGUUUGUAUGUUAAAGAGUAAGGUGUGUUGCUUUUUUUUCAGACUACCAAAUUGCAUUUAUUGUAGGAUUUUGCGUUAGUGAAAGAAAAAUCUAAUCCGAUGCCCUUAUAACCACCGCCUUUAAAAUGUACAAAUAAUGUAAAUCAGCUGUGUCAAUGUAAAUCUUGAACCAAUGUCAAAAGUGGUCUUACUCUACUGGUCUCAUGAAUUAAAUCCCUGAAGCAACACAAGAAAUACAAGUUUUUUUCUGAAGAAAUUAAGAAUACCACUGCACUAGAUAUCCUGUUCCUAAUUUAAUUAGAUUUAGGCUCUACCAGAAGACUUGACAAUGAAAUUGCCAGGAAAAAAGUUGCCAUUGUUUCUUGUGAAAAUUUAUCAGCCCACACCCAAUAGGCCCAUUUUGGUUUUGCUGGUUUGAACUGGGACAAGAUGGAUUAUUUUCUGUGGGUUUCACCCUGGAACCUAGUUGGUGUAGCAGCUGCUGGCUGCCCAAGUGCAUUAUUUAGGGGUAAGAUUUGGUUAUCUACAGCCCUCGUUUCCAGACUUCUGACUGUUGUGGGCUUUUCCCCCCUUUGAGUGCAUCAGUUCCCCGAGGGUUGUUUUUGAAGAGCUGUGGUUGGUGCCUCCCUGUGCUGAGGGUGUUCUGUUCUGAUCCAUGGAGCACAGGGAGGGGUUCAGCCCUGGAGUCACCAUUGCACUCCUCUGGGUUUGAGUUUUGCACUGUAGUUUGUUUCCCCCUUGUAAGAAUAUGAACUACUACAGAGGUUUUUGCUGAAUCUCUCUUACUCACUGCUAUAAGUCCUCUCCAAAAUAUUUUUUAGGCCUUAUGUUUCCAAGAUCCAUGGCAGUAAAUGUAUUUCUGACUGCGUUGAUUUCAUAAAUAACUUUUGCUCUUGACCUGCUGGGCUUGAGUCUCAGAUUUAAAGCCUAUAGGCUCAUAGCAAAUAAAUGAGACUUAUUCAUUGCCCAGAUCUGAACUUGCAUGAUUGAAUAUUGAUGGUCAGUUCCCUGCAGUCCUAGACUGUGCACCUGAAUGAGAUGGAUAAUUUGGAACCUAACUAAUAUAAAUUGUAACUGAAGUUUUACUGCACAGUCACAUGCAAAGUGUUAAGCCUAAUUUAUGGGUGAAGUUCAGAGGAGCAGUAUCGGAUAGCUUUUCCAAAUGACCAACAUAGGAGAAUUCUACAUUUAAACUAGUGCUCAGCUGUAGAGUGGUGUCUCUCCAUAAAUCAAAACUGGAGGUAAGAAAUGGCCUUGCACCAGCGUGUGGACAAUAUUUGAGUCUUUGCUGCCUACACCUAUUACAUUUGGGGACACGCCUCUUCUCUCUAGAUUUUUCUGGUGAUGGUUAGAAUGCAGAGAACAGCAGUUAGCUCAGUAGAUGGUGUAAAUAUUAAAAAUACUACUAGUGGAGUCACAGUGUGGUGUUGAUGUGUGAGACUGGGACCGUGGUGCCCGAGCAUGUGGAAAUGAAGCUGGAGAUGUUCUGGUGCAGAACAUUUCUACGGGCUGAGCCACGACCUGGGCACCGAGAGCUCCUCUCCUGACCAUCCAACUGCGAAUAACACCAGCAGUCAGGAAAGGGGUGGCAGCAUUAAGAAUUAAAAAAGGAGGUGAUACUGCUUUGUGUGUGUUCAGGGUAGUUCUUAGUAUUAUGAAAAUACUCAGAUUUCCUGUUUCUGGCUGUAGGGCACUAAUUUAAAUGUGGUUGUAAUAAGGGCAUGAAGAAAUCUGGACCUUGUGUUUAUCCACCUGGGUAUUGUAAAGGUUCCUGUUGUGGGAACAGGUGAUCAACACUCGGUUAAAUACACAAAUAAUCUUGCUCUGUUUUGCUCCAUUCGGUAGAGGAAGUAUCUUCUGUAGUUUGUGUUCUGUGGUGCACAUGGACGUGAAUGGAUGUUGUGUGUCUUUGUGUGAAGACUUUAUUAAUAGAAAAACAUACUGAUGAGAGUUUUUCUGGUGGUUUUCAUCCUCACCCUCUCCACAUCUCCCCCGUCACUUAUUUCUGGGGGUUGCUUAUUCCCAUGGUUGUGACCAGUCCUACUUAGAAGCAAAGUUCACAUUUGGGUCCGACUUCUAUGAUAUUUCUUUUUUUUUCUUCACUCUUGACUAUGCAGUUUCAAUUCAACAUCACUUUAAAGAAUGUGAAAAAGAAAACUCAUUAAUAAAGAUGUUAUUUAUGAAGUGUCUCAAAUCUUGUUUUUAUAUCACAACAGUUCUUUAAGAUAAAUGAAUGCAGAUUUCUAAGAUACUAGUAACUACGGACAAAACGGCCUGUAUUUCACUGCAGUGACCAGAUAUACUGUAUUUAUGAGUUGAAUAAGAUCUGUUUUGCUUGGAUUUAAUUAAGCUUUGGGUUUAGUAUGUAUUUUGUGAGAGGCAUUAUUAGGUUUCAGUCUUGGUUUAAUAAGUUUUUCAGCAACAGUUAUUGGCAUUGGAGAUGGGAAGGAUCUUUGAGCUUUCUCAUUUAUUCUUUUGCCAGAUCAAGAUUGUUUCCUGAAUAUUUCUGGAUUCAGUGUUCAGGUACUGUCUGAUGUGCCAAAGAUGAGCUGUGGUAUUCACUGGAAUACAAUGCCAGCAUGCAUUUAUUGAGUUUUCAUAAUUGGAAUUGAAUGUCAAAUAGAACACUUGGCAUCUGCUUAUUUAUAACUGAAGUCAGGUCAGAAAAAUGAUAGUGGUGGUCUCCCAUCCCAAUGAAUUGCCUGAAGUGGAAUUGUUCUUCUCUUGUUUGUACUGUCGAGUAUUUGUUACCAGCCGGAGUCCCGUAUUUCUAUUGACUACAAUGUGCUCAGAUUUAGUGUGUAUAACAUCAUUGUUAGUUACAGAUGUAGGAGUGAUAUUAAAAACAGCCUAAUCCACAGGCUGGCAGUGGGGACAUAAAACUUACUUGCACUUAAGUAAAUCUCAUUUUUCUAUUAAUAUCUCAGUGUGGAACUGAAUGUUUUCUGUUUUGAAAUGUGAGUGCUCUAAAUGUUUAAAAGCAUAAUUUAUAUAAUAAACUUCAGAAGAAAAGCUAAUGAUGAAAGUGUUUUUAAA